AUGGAGGACUACACACCGACCUACAGACAACACCCUGACCUACAGACUACACCCCGACCUACAGACUACACCCUGAUUUACAGACUCCACCUCGUCUUACAGACUACACCCCAACCUACAGAUUACACCCUGAUUUACAGACUCCACCUCGUCUUACAGACUACACCCCAACCUACCGAUUACACCCUGACCUACAGAAUACACCCCGACCUACAGACUACACCCCGACCAACAGACUACACCCCGACUUACAGACUACACCCUGAUCUACAGACUACACCCUUACUUACAGACUACACCCGACCUACAGACUACACCCCGACCUACAGACUACACCAUGAUCUACAGACUACCCCGACUUACAGACUACUCCCCGACCUACAGACUACACCCUUACUUACAGACUACACCCCGACCUACAGACUUCACCCCGACCUACAGACUAAACCCCGACUUACAGACUACACCCCGACUUACAGACUACACCAAGACAUACAGCUACAUCACGAUCUACAGACUACACCCCGACCUACAGACUACACCCUAACAUACAGACUACACCCCGACCUACAGAACUACACCCCAACCUACAGACUACACCCCGAGUUACAGACUACACCCCAACCUACAGACUACACCCCGACUUACAGACUACACCCCAACCUACAGACUACACCCCGAGUUACAGACUACACCCCAACCUACAGACUACACCCCGACCUACAGACUACACCAAGACCUACAGACUACACCCCACUACACCCUGACCUACAGACUACACCCCGACCUACAGACUACACCCUGAUUUACAGACUCCACCUCGUCUUACAGACUACACCCCAACCUACAGAUUACACCCUGACCUACAGAAUACACCCCGACCUACAGACUACACCCCGACCAACAGAUUACACCCCGACUUACAGACUACACCCAAUCCAACAGAACUACACACCGACCUACAGACUACACCCUGACCUACAGACUACACCCCGACCUACAGACUACACCCUGAUUUACAGACUCCACCUCGUCUUACAGACUACACCCAAACCUACAGAUUACACCCCGACCUACAGAUUACACCCCGACCUACAGACUACACCCCGACCAACAGACUACACCCCGACUUACAGACUACACCCCAACCAACAGACUAGACUACACCCCAACCUACAGACUACACCCCGACCUACAGACUACACCCCGACCAACAGACUACACCAUGAUCUACAGACUACACCCCGACUUACAGACUACUCCCCGACCUACAGACUACACCCUUACUUACAGACUACACCCCAACCUACAGACUACAUCCCGACCUACAGAAUAAACCCCGACUUACAGACUACACCCCGACUUACAGACUACACCAAGACAUACAACUACACCCCGACCUACAGACUACACCCCGAUUUACAGACUACACCCCAACCUACAGACUACACCCCGACUUACAGACUACACACCAACUUACAGACUACACCCCGACUUACAGACUACACCCCAACCUACAGACUACACCCCGACUUACAGACUCCACCCCGACUAACAGACUUCACCCCAGCCUACAGACUACACCCCGACCUACAGACUUCACCCCGACCUACAGACAACACCCCGACCUACAGACAACACCCUGACCUACAGACUACACCCAGAGUUACCGACUACACCCCGACCUACAACCUACACCCCGACUUACAGACUACACCCCGACCUACAGACUACACCCCGCCUUACAGACAACACCCUGACUUACACCCUACACCCCGAUUUACAGACUACACACCGACUUACAGAUUACACCCCGACCUACAACCUACAACCCAACUAACAGACUACACCCCGACCUACAGACUACACCCCGACCUACAGACUACACCCCGACCUACAGACUACACCCCGACCUACAGACUACACCCCGACCAACAGACUAAAUCCCGACUUACAGACUACACCCCGACUUACAAACUACACCAAGACAUACUGACUACAUCACGAUCUACAGACUACACCCCGACCUACAGACUACACCCCGACCUACAGACUACACCCCGAUUUACAGACUACACCCCGACUUACAGACUACACCCCAACCUACAGACUACACCCCGACCUACAGACUACACCCCAACCUACAGACUACACCCCGACCUACAGACUACACCCCAACCUACAGACUACACCCCGACUUACAGACUCCACCCCGACUAA